AUGCCAGCUGCCGAGGGCCUGAAUAUGGUGAGCGACGUAUUGGACGCCGCGGACAAGUCGCGACAAAAGAGCUGCAACGCCUGCGUACGGAGCAAGAGGCGCUGCGACAAGCGGACCCCACGGUGCACCCGCUGCGCGGAGAAGAACUUCUCGUGCGUGUACCAAAACAUGCCGUCCGCCUCCUCCGCCGCCCACGCCGCUAGGAGUGGUACUGGAGCCGAGGCGUGCAUGCCCACCGCCAACAGCAACCCCGGCCUGGGCACCUCCUCGUCAUCUCCCUCCUCUUUCCCUGCGGCAUUUGCUGUCACUGGCCAAAACGACCCCCUCGAGGCCAUGGACCUUGGAGACGACGAUGACUGUAUGCCGUCUUUCAACUUCAACACACUCGACGGCCACCACCUUCAGCAUCGACACGAACAACAACAGCAGCAACAGCCGGGAUCGUCGUCAUACAUCGACGGCGGACUCCGGACCUUGGUGGUGACAGAGGACAUGAGAGACAGCGGCAACAACAGCACGCCGUUGCCGUCGACGCCGUCGCUGAACCUCGGCAUAGACGCCUCGAACACAUCCUUCGACUUCAACUCGGUAAUGGACUUCAUCAACGCGGACCCGGUGACGGGCGGUGAGAUGCAGCUCUGGGAGAUGCCGUUGACGCCUGUCGUGCAAAAGACCAUGACGCCCGAGCUGAACCGGACGAAUUCCUCCAUUUGGGAGGAAGAGAUGCCGGGUAUGUGCUCAGAGAGCGCAUUUAGACCAUGGGAGAUCCACGAACCCUCUUCGCGGGUCGGCCACCUCGUCGGCGCUGUCAAGAACAUGCACGUCACCUUCGCCCAGACAAAGCAGACCCCUUUCCUCCACCGUCACCUCUACCGCGGCACACGCGAGACGCCACGGCCCCUAUUGGCCGCCUACACUGCGAUCUCGGCAUACGUGGGGCGCACCGAGGCCAACAAGGACUGGGCCAUCCGUGCCCUGUGUGAGGGCACGAACGAGGUCCUCAAAGGGUCUCUGGGCAAGGCGUCGCACCUGACGGGGCAUGAGAAACUCGCCAGGACGCAGGCACUGUGGCUGCUGCAGACAAUUAGGUGCUUCGAUGGCGACAUAUAUUUGAGGGCGCAGGCGGAGCAAGACAUGGCCGUCCUACAGGCGUGGUUGAAGGAUCUUGAAGUCAUGAGGGACAACUUUGACGAGGUCCACUUGCUGGAUGAGGGAGCGGUGAGAGGGAGGGCGCCACGGUCCUGGGAGGUAUGGUUGUUUAACGAGUGUGUGAGGAGGAUGGUUUUUAUGGGAUACAUGUUCAUAAGCCUUUUUGAGAUGCUCAAGGCUUCUGAUGAUCAAGGCCCGGACCCUACGCGCUGGCUGUUGCCCCACCGAUGGACCUUCUCUAGGCACCUCUGGGAAGCCGACUCGUCGCCUGCCUUCUACUCGGCGUGGCGCGAGAAGCCGGUGUUUCUUGUCAAUAGCUUCUUCUUGCAGCGGGUCGCCAAGAUGGCGCGGCCAGCGGAUGUGGAUGACUUUGCGAGGUUGUUCCUCACCAUGUAG